CGCGAUCUGUUUUGGUUCCCGAGGCUCUUCCUUGCCCCGCCGGACCGAUUCCUACCGACAAGGUGCGGUGUGAAUUCGUACUGCUGGAACGAGAGUCGAAGGAUGAGACUGACUCCUCUGCUCAGGCGGUCACUUUCUGCGAGCGUCGACCAGAAACUGACCUUCGCGCGGCUAUGGGCUGUUUUCGAUGCCAAACACCAGAACCCGUUUAAUUCCGCUGAAUUGAUCGCGAAUGUGCUUCAAGGAAAAGACAAACCUCUUUACCAUUACCACACCGAUUGUGGUGAUCACGUGGUGGUGAUCAAUUGCAAAGACAUUUCUCUGCCGUGGUACGAGUGGAAGUAUCGUAUGUAUUACCAUCACACCGAUUACGCCGGCGGUGCUUCGUGGACUGCCGCUUGGGAGAUGCACGACAAGAAUCCCACGAAAGUACUGGAGAAAGCCGUCUAUCGAGCACUACCAGGAGAUUUGACCCGGAGACUCCGCAUGUCACGUCUCCAUCUGUACGCCGAUGACAGCAUCCCGGACGAAAUAAAAGAAAACAUCACGCGACAAUUGCGCCAGUUGCGGAAGGUGCCAAGGAAGCUUGACGAUAUUCCAGAGGAUGAGCGACGGAGCUUCCCAAAACUUUUCGACUUCCCCGAGAACCAUACAUUGUAG